AUGGAUACGUGUGCAAUGGAUGAUUUCGAUAAAGUUUGUCGUAUUUGUAUGAAAUUUGAGAAAACAUUUCUAUCAAUUACCUCAUUUCAAAUAAUUGACAUGAUAAUAGCGUGUGCUUCUGUGCAGAUUUGGGAAAAUGAUAAUCUACCAAAUCAAAUAUGUAACGCUUGUUUUCUUCAAUUGCAAAAUGCUAAAAAUUUUAAAGAGUUAUGUGAAAAUUCAGACAAUACAUUUCGUCAAAUUAUUGAACAGAAUAAUUUAUCCAAUAACCAAAAUAAUUUUGAUAAUGUAAAAGAUGAAGAAUUUGAAGAUUGCGCUGAUGAUAAUUCGAUAGUAAAUGUUAAAGAAGAAGAUAUUCAUGAAAAUACCACAAAUGAAAAUACUUUGGAAAAAAUAAAAAUUACGAUUGGUUACAAUGAAGAUAAUUUAAAAAAAUUAGAGACAACUAAACACGAAGAAGAGAGUGAUGGCUAUGAAAGUGCUAAAGAUGAAGAAAAUGAGAUAACAACUUUUACUUGCGAGAAGUGUAAUCAAGAAUUUAAAAAAGUAUGGAUAUUGGGUAAACAUAUGCAACGUAAACAUAGAGCAAAACCAUUAAAUUGUAGUGAAUGUAAAUUAAAAUUUUUCCAUCCAUUACAUUUAAAGCAACAUCAAGAAUUAACACAUAAUCCAUUGAAUCUUACUUGUAAAAUAUGUAACAAAGUAUUGAAAGAUAUUUAUUCAUUAAAAACUCAUAAAUUAAAACAUUCAAAUCAAAAACUUAGAUCUUGUGAACGAUGCGAUGAAUCAUUCAAAAGUAAACGGGAACUUGAAUCUCAUAAUGAGGAAGUACAUGGAAUUAUCGAAAAAAAUGUAACAUGUCAUAUUUGUGGUAAAUCAGUAACGAAAAAAUAUCUAGACGAUCACCUAGAAAUACAUAAAGAACGUGAGAAAAUGACAUGCGAUAAAUGUUCAAAAACAUUUAUUAGUGAGUUAACACUUAAAAGACAUAUUAAAGAAAUUCAUGAUAACGAACGUAAUCAUUUAUGUAAUAUUUGUGGGCAUGGAUUGCGUACAGCGAGUAAAUUGCGUAUACAUUUAUUAAAACAUUCAAACGAACGACCGUUCGCAUGUGACCGUUGUGAGAAAAAAUUUUUACGUUUAGCUGGUUUAAAAGAUCACAUCGCACGUGUACAUUCAUUUGGAUGCAAACGAUGUAACAAAUCAUUCAAAGAUCGGGAAUCAUGGAAAUCGCAUAUCAAGGAAGUACAUUUCCUUGAAAAGUAUGUAACAUGUCAUAUUUGUGGUAAAUCGUUAACAAAAAAAAAUCUACACACUCAUUUAGACACGCACAAAGAACGUGAGAAACUUACUUGCGAACAAUGUUCAAAACCAUUCAAAAGUGAAAUAACUUUAAAAGCUCAUAUUAAAGACAUUCAUGGGGAUCAGAAACCAGUACGAAAAUAUUCAUGUAAUAUUUGUGGACAUGCUUCACGUGCACCGGCUGGUUUACGUAAACAUUUAUUAAUGCAUUCAGAUGCAAGACCGUAUCCAUGUAAUCGAUGCGAUAAAGCAUUUCGAACUAAAGAAGAUUUAAAAAAACAUCUCAAUUGUGUACAUUUAAAUAAUCGACGGUAUCAGUGUACAUUUUGUCCAAAAGCUUUUUGCGAAAAGAGAACAUUAGUGCAUCAUGAACGACUUCAUACCGGGGAAAAACCAUAUAAAUGUGAAGUGUGUGAUAAAGCAUUUGCUCAAAGAACUGCAUGGAAAAUCCAUUUGAAAACACAUAAUAAUUCAAGAGAAAAAUUUUCGCAAAGUGUAGGUGAAAGUAUUGUUAUAAGUUCUUUAAAAACAAGUGCGUGUAAACUACAAACUUUCUAUUAAAUAUAACCUCGAAAAACCCGUGCAAUGGAAUCAUCCAGAGGAGGGUCAAACUUUUGGUCAUCAUGUUAGGUCACAUAUAGUCAAUAAAAACAAACUCUUUUUUCGAGUAAGAGAAAAAUUUUCAGGUCAAAAUGUUAUAUUCGGUCAUUAUUCAACAACUUUUAUUUUGCGAGAUAUAGGAAAAAACUUUUCCAAAACUCUAUCCGCAUCGACCUGUACAUCGCGAUGUAUUGUUAAGCGGGGCUAAACCGUUUAGCCAAUUUACAGACAUACAGAUCUCUUCCAUUUUUUGAACCGAUGUAUAAAUAAUUAGCUAUUAAUUAAAAUAGGCAGCCAAUCAGAAACCCCGCUAAAGUGGCUAGACAGUGGGGGUGAGAGGGAAAAUAGUACGAAACAGCAACAGUGAGACACGAGGGAGAGCUUCAUAAUGUUACAAUGACAAGUACGGAACCAGAUACAACAAGAGUGACGAUUACUUCUGGGACAACCUGUACAGUGAACAAAAUGAUAAUAAAUAAUAUACAAAAAAUUUCUACCAUACAAUAGGGAA